UUGACCGCUCUAACUGGUCAGUUCUUUUCUUUUCUUCGCAGUUCAUUCAGUAAGAGCUCCCCCCAGUAACCACCCCUUCUCCGCGAGGGGAUGAAUGAGGUCUAGCACAAACCGUUGGUGUCUAGUUAAAGAAGGAGCUCCCGCGCACAGAACUCCAGAACAAACUCAGAAUGGCAACCGGUGUCGAAAAGCUGUUUGACGAACUCGGGCACUUCAGAAAGUUCCAGGCAUGCCUCUAUUUCGCUGCCAUUUUCCAGGCCAUCUCGUGUGGGAUUCACUACCUGGCCUCCGUUUUCUUGGUGGAUACACCGAAUUUCCUGUGCGAUCCACCAGGUAACAUCACGAAUGUCCUGUACGGGAACCACUCCAUGGCCUCUCUGGAUGAUAUCUGGUCAUUCUACAGUCCCUGGAAGGGUCCGGUGAUAGUGCAGACCAUUAUGGGGGAGCAGUGGGAGCUUAGCCCCUGUCGCAAAGCGCUGCGUCAUGACACGCUUGACUUCGAGUACGAGUUUCUUGGCAAUAAGUCUAUGGAGGCAUGCGGCCGCUACCUGUACGACCACAGCCAGGUGGAGCAGAGCAUCGUGACAGACUGGGACCUGGUGUGUGAGAAGGAAUGGCUUGCCAAGCUUUCACAGCCUACGUUUAUGCUGGGGGUCCUGAUUGGGGCUCUGGUGUUCGGGGACAUCGCAGACAGGGUUGGCAGGCGACCCAUUCUAAUGGCCACCAGUUUGUGUCAGUUUGCUUUUGGCAUCACUGUGGCAUUUACAGGGAACUACUACUACUUUGUGGUCAUGCGAUUCCUGCUUGCCAUGGUGUCGAGUGGCUACCUGGUCGUGGUUUUCGUCUACGUUACGGAGUUCACGGGUAGCCGGGUGCGCACGUGGACGUCCAUGCACGUGCACGCUUCCUUCGCUGUGGGCAUCAUGAUUGUGGCACUGGUUGGCUACCUGGUGCGCGUCUGGUGGCAAUACCAGAUCAUCCUGACUCUUAGCACCUGCCCCUUCCUGCUCUACUGCUGGAAGUUCCCCGAGACGCCCUUCUAUCUAAUGGCUAAAGGGCGGCACAAGGAAGUCCAGGAGCUCUUGGACACCAUUGCCCACUCUAAUGGCCUGGAGCCCAAGCUGAAGGUAUCCCCCUUUCUGAUGGAGAGGGGCAGGGCGGCAGCAGGUGAAGGUAGGCAGGACGACCGUGGCCUGGAAGAGGCAGAGAGAAAACUCAGCAUCCUGGACAUGUUCAGAAGCUGGCGGAUGGCUCGCCGUGGCAUCACCUGCUGGGCCAUCUGGUUCAUUGGCGCACUGGGCUACUAUGUCUUCAGCCUGGGCUCCGUCAACCUGGGAGGAAACCAAUAUGUCAACCUCUUUCUGGUCGGUGCUGUUGAGCUGCCCUCAUACCUGAUUGGCUGCUUUGCCAUGGACCGAGUUGGCAGGAAGAGAACCUGUGCUCCAGCACUGCUCCUGAGUGGAGUUGCCUGUAUGCUCAUAAUGGCAGUGCCGCAGGACAGCAGGUUUUUGGCUGUCAUCCUUAGUAUGACUGGGAAGUUUGCUAUCGCCAUUGCGUUUGGCCUGAUUUACCUAUACACAUGUGAGCUGUACCCCACAGUCAUAAGGUCGCUGGCGGUUGGCAGUGGCAGUAUGAUGUGUCGGGUUGGCAGUGUGGUGGCUCCUUUCUGCGUCUACCUUGCGGACAUCUGGGUCUACCUGCCUCAGCUCAUUGUCGGGAUCCUGGCUUUCAUCAUUGGAGUGCUAACCUUGUUCCUACCAGAGACCCUGGGGGAGCCCCUCACCUCCACGCUGGAGGAGGCUGAGGCUCUGGGCAUCAAGCCCAACAAGAAGACAAAGGUGGAGGAUAGUCUGCAGAUGAAGCUGGCUGACAGCAAAGCCUGA